GGCCUUUUCACGCGCAGCGCGCGCCCGCGAACGUCGUACAGGAGAAGUGCGCGUUCGCGCUCACGAUCCGUUUAGAUGCACGCUCGUUCCGCACUCGCAUCCACAGGGGGGCCUUGACCGACUCCUCUUCGACUGUCAAGAAAGCACACCGUAUAACGGCAGCCUUUGUAUCCGAUAAACCUGUCUUUGAUCAGAAGGCAAACAGGAGGCCCUCUUCCUCCCAAAGACUGCACGAAGGCGACUGAUUUGUGGACGGAAACGAUGGCGGAAUCGGGCAGCAGCGCGGCGGCGGCCGGAGCCGCGGGCUCGAAUAGCAGCACCGCCGGGGCUGGAGGAGCCGUCGCGGCCGGGGGAGCCAAUGGAGCGGCGGGAUCCAAGCCUGGCCUGGAGUCGGUGAAGGGACAACAUUUUGACGUUGGCCCCCGAUACACCGAUCUCCAGUAUAUCGGGGAGGGGGCCUAUGGGAUGGUCUGCUCAGCUUUUGAUCAUGUGAAUAAGGUCCGAGUGGCCAUUAAGAAGAUCAGUCCAUUUGAACACCAGACCUACUGCCAGCGCACCCUCAGGGAGAUCAAAAUCCUCCUGCGGUUCCGUCAUGAGAACAUCAUCGGCAUCAAUGACAUCCUGAGAGCUCGUCGCAUCGAAUGUAUGAGGGAUGUCUAUAUCGUACAGGACCUGAUGGAGACCGACCUUUACAAAUUGCUGAAAACACAGCAACUCAGCAAUGACCAUAUCUGCUACUUUCUGUACCAGAUCCUGCGAGGGCUAAAAUACAUUCACUCUGCCAAUGUGCUGCACAGAGACUUGAAGCCUUCGAACCUUCUCAUCAACACCACCUGUGACCUCAAGAUCUGUGACUUUGGGCUGGCACGGAUAGCCGACCCAGAACAUGACCACACCGGAUUCCUCACAGAGUAUGUAGCUACUCGCUGGUACCGUGCUCCUGAGAUCAUGCUCAACUCCAAGGGCUACACCAAAUCCAUUGAUAUUUGGUCUGUGGGUUGCAUCCUGGCUGAGAUGUUGUCCAACAGACCCAUCUUCCCUGGGAAGCAUUAUCUGGACCAGCUCAACCACAUAUUGGGUGUUUUGGGCUCCCCCUCUCAAGAUGAUCUGAACUGCAUCAUCAACAUGAAGGCCAGGAACUACCUCCAGUCUCUACCCCAGAAACCGAAAGUCCCAUGGAGCAAACUGUUCACCAAAGCAGACAACAAAGCUCUGGAUUUAUUGGACCGCAUGUUGACCUUUAACCCCAUCAAACGUAUAACCGUGGAGGAAGCAUUGGCCCACCCCUACCUGGAGCAGUACUAUGACCCUUCUGAUGAGCCGGUGGCUGAGGAGCCUUUCACUUUCAACAUGGAGCUGGACGACCUUCCUAAAGAGAAGCUGAAAGAGCUCAUCUAUGAGGAGACGGCACGCUUCCAGGCCAACUACCAGGGCUCCUGAGAGGGACAGCCUUCACAGAGAAUAACUGAGCAGCGUGGAGUCUCAGAUAAAGAUAACUCCAGACAACCUGCGAAAACAUAUACAUGCAUAUAUACAUUAAAAAAACAAGAUAAAAAGAGGAAAAAUGUACAUUUAAAAACUUCAGCUUUGUUUUAUCUGUCCAUCUCUCUUUCUUGCUGGGAAGCUGUGCGCUAGUUUGGGCUUAAAUCAUCUUAUCAUAACGCCAUUAAUGGAGGCCGACAGACUCACUAUUCUCAUUGCAUACCGCACACAGCUCCUGCUCUCUGAAACAACUGCAUCUUUCACCCUUUCUAUCAAUACCCUGCUUCUCUCUCUGUUUGUAUCCAUCUCUUUCUCUUUAUGUCUCUCUCGAGGGUGUCUUUCUACUGGUCUGUGUUGUUUUUUUCCCCAUUCCACAGAGAUGGCGAGAGAGAAAAGGAGAAUCUCUAUGAUGGGCACUGACUGGUGUGUGUGUAUAUAUAUAAGUGGUUUUGAGUUUCAUUGGCGUAUUGUAAGUUGGCAAUCUGUUUGUACACUGUAAUUUGAACGUUACGAUCAGUUACAAAUCGUGUUUUGUAAUUUUGGGAAUUUAUAUUUGAAUAGCUUUUGAAAUAUAAAGUCGUUGCUUGUGUUUCUUUUUGUUUUAAUUCAUUCAAAGACAAAUGAUGUUACAUUUAAUGAGGUUGGACUUUUAUUUUGUUUU